CACGCAGAGAAGGAAUACAGUAUGGCGUGCCUCUAGAAACUUGAUUCCCUCCCUCUCUCCUUCUCUCUCUUCAAAACCCUAUUUAAAUACAAGGCUUUACUCACCAAUUUCUCCCAAGUUCCAUGCAAUUGUCUUCUUGGCUCCUUCACCCCCCACACAUCCCCACUUCCUCACUGUUCUCUCUUUCUCUCUCUUGAAAGCACCACAAUCACUCUUUCUCCAUAACUUGUCGCUGACAGUCAUCACACUAUAUCUCUUUCUCUCCACUUCACUUCAAGCUGUUUAACCAUUUUUCAGUUGUGAUAUAGCUCACAUUGUUCUCUUGUCUUCUCUUCUCUCUGACAAAUUUAAUCCCAUUUGUCUCUCUUUGACUAGUUUCUCUGAUAGAACUAUACCAUUAUUAACUUGAUAAAUAGCUUACAUAUAUAUAUAUAUAUAUAUAAAUAAGUGAAGUGAAGAGAAGAGAUGUCUGGCAGAAGAUCACGAUCAAGACAAUCAGGAGGAGGAGGUGGAGGAGGAGGAGCAGGAGUUUCAAGGAGUAACAUUAGCGACGACCAAAUCAAUGAUCUUGUUUCCAAGCUACAAGAACUUCUUCCCGAGCUUCGCCAUAGGCGCUCUGAUAAGGUAUCAGCAACGAAGGUGUUACAGGAGACAUGCAACUACAUAAGAAACUUGCACAGGGAGGUCGAUGACCUAAGUGAGCGACUUUCAGAGUUAUUGGCAACCUCAGAUAGCGCUCAAGCUGCCAUGAUUAGGAGCUUACUCAUGCAAUAGGCCUAUGCAUUGUUUUUUUUUUUUUUUUGCUUUUUGUUUUCUUUUUGUGCUUCUCUUUUCUCAGUCAGUCUAGGGUUUUGUCACUAGACCAAAAAAUAAUUUGCAAUUUGGUGACUAGAUCGAUCAGAAUCCAAUAUGUAAGGUUGUGCUUAGUUAAUUACUUGAGAAUAAAAAGGAGUUAGUGCUCACAAA